GGAUGUGAGCGGCCGUCCGGACGUGUUCUGUGCGCAGCCUGCCCUGCCCGGCCUCGCCAUGCCCGCCAAGACCCCCAUCUACCUGAAGGCGGCCCACAAGAAGGGGAAGAAGUUUCGGCUGCGCGACGUGUUGUCUCCCGACAUGAUCAGCCCCCCGCUGGGCGACUUCCGCCACACCAUCCACAUCGGCAAGGAGGGCCAGCACGACGUCUUUGGGGACAUCUCCUUCCUGCAGGGCAACUACGAACUGCUGCCCGGGGCCCCCGAGAAAGCCGCCCGGGGCCCCCUGCCCGGCCACGAGUUCUUCCGGGCCAACAGCACCUCGGACUCGGCGCUGCCCGAGACGCCGUCCCCGGUGCUGAAGAACGCCAUCUCGCUGCCCAGCAUUGGGGGGUCGCAGGCCCUCGUGCUGCCGCUGCUGUCGCCUGUCACCUUCCACGCCAGGCAGGAGGCCCGGGCGAGCCGUGUGCCCCCCGGGCCCCCGCGGGCGCCCCCGCCCGGGCCCUCCGCCGACGUGUCCUGGGCCUCCAGCGGCUCCGCGUCGCGGUCCAGCCAGGGCAGGGACAGUCACUCGUCCAGCCUGUCCGAACAGUACCCCGACUGGCCGGCCGAGGACCUGCUGGACCCGCUGCCGGCCCCUAGCCCGCUGGGCCCGGGGAAGACCCCCUCGCAGACGUCCCUCUCCGACCUCACGGGCUCGCUCCUGUCCUUGCAGCUGGACCUGGGGCCCUCGCUGCUGGACGAGGUGCUGAACGUCAUGGACAAGAACAAGUAGCCACAGAAGGAGAACAAAGUCCCCCGUAGGC